CGACACAAAAGGCACGUUAUUGUAGCAGUAGCAAAAAGUGUGUGUACAAUGAAUUCAGGACAGAAACUCUUUGUAAUAUUGAUACGUCACAAACCAUCCGCUCUGUUAUCGUCCACCGUGUAGACCUACACCGUUCUAUCGUAACUGGCACGAUAAAGUAAGUAACAAACGUAGCCUAUAUAAGCCAAAAAAAGAAUGGACGAACUCAUCAGUUCAACAAUCUUUUAUUACCCGGCUAACAUGAGUGUGGCCAUCUUAACAUUAGUUUGUCUGAUGACGAUAAUAGUGGCAGGUCAAGACGAAUGGGAAGAAUUCUAUUUCGGACUUGAUGAAUCUUUAUUAUACGAAGACAGUUACGGAUCUGCUUCUACUCUUCCUGUUGCAACGGCCACUAAGUUUAACAACAACUCUGUUAUCUUUCCAACAUCACCUGCAGAAGAAUCCGAUCCAGAGCCAGAACCCGAGCCGAAAUCACCAACCACAGCCAUUCACGCUUUGAACACUAAGACUGCCAGACCUUACAGCUUCGGAUAUGCUGUGGAGGACAAUAAAGCUGGCUUAGAUUUCGGACACAGAGAGACAAGCAAUGGUUCGGUCGUUACGGGAACAUAUUACGUUUUACUUCCUGACGGACGUAAGCAGACUGUCAACUACAAUGCUGAUGUUAAUGGAUAUGUAGCAGAGGUUUCCUACGAAGGGGAAGCCAAGUUGGAUGAUAAUCAAUCGCUGAAAGCGAAAGGCACCUUUGGGAAACUACAAGUUGACUCUGGAAAGCUCUGGACCUGCUUCAGAAGUUGGUUCAACUGUUGAGACUCCACGAUCUGCCCUUACUUCUAAAGCCCCGUCUUCACAGGGAGCAGCUCAGCAAACUCAAACUACAGCUCUUGCGGGUUCGCAAUUAUCAGCUCCUAAAACGCCAACGGUCAAUAUCAGUUCAACUGCUACUUCUCUUGUUCCUCCUAGCACUACCCAACCUUCACUUAUUCCCACUCCAGUCCCUUCUCCAGUCUCACCUUCAACUGCAAUAGAAUCUUCAACUGCAAUUGAGUCGUCAACUGUAGUCUCGAAGUUGAUUACAAUUCCAACUCAAACUAAAAUUUCAAACCCAACCGCAAAACUUAAUACAUCUUCCGUUUCAGUUUCAACUUUGAUUGCAACUUCUACUCCCAUAUCCAUCUCUACUUCAGUUCCAAUUUCAGCACCAACUGGAACUUCAACCCCAUCUACCUCUAACUCUGGAAUUACUCCAGUCCCUGUCACAAACGCAACUUUCACUGCAGUUCCAGCUUUAGCUCCAUCUGCAACUGAAAUUCCAAUUCAAAUGUCAAUUCCAGCCACAAGUCCACGUCCAAAUGCAACUGCAACAUCCAUUUCAACUCCCAGUAUAGUUAUCCCUAUCCCUAAAAUCCCUCCAUCCUCCGUGACAAGCCAAGCAACAAAUUCAACCCCAGUUCAGAAUCUAACAUCCAUACCAUCACCACAAACCGUUGGAACUCGACCCACUGGAACACCUACGCCUUCCUCAGAUUCCCCGUCCAAUCCUUCAGUUGUCCCCAAAGCUCCUGAAACGUCAACUCUGACAUCCCAAUCUUUUUCCGACGCUCUAGUAGCUUUUGUUCGUUCAGCUGGCCCAACCUUCAUUUAUUGUCGCAAUCUUCUACCAAAUUGCACGACUAAACAUCGACCAUCUCGAGCAUCUAGCAAAGAAAAAGGAUCUAACACUCAUCAAACUCUUCCACCUUGUAAUUAUUGCAUCACCUUAAAGAACACCUGCUCCUGCCUGGAAUCUUCUGAACCCGUAUCUCCUAUCCGUAAUGAUUCAUAUCAAGCAUUCCAAGCUUUAAUACCUACACCUCCUUCAUGGCCACCUGCGACAUCACCUGCAGAGUUAGCAAGAACAAUCAACGAUCCGACUUCUUCAGGAAAACUCGAGGCUUCCACCAGUUCAAAUUCAACUAUGAAACCUCGGCCGUCCGAUAGAUUUGCAGAUUCCAUUGAUUUUAGUGACGCUCUGGAUGAAGUUCCUUCAGACCUAUCUGAUGUUGCCCAGUACGCUGAAACGCAUUUCAGUUAUUGCCGUGGAAUAAGGUCGUUCUGUCCUCGAUUAGAAUCUACCCGACCCUAUUGGGAAGGAUCUUCUGAGGUUCCUCGUAAAUGGAAAGAAUCAUUUCUUUCAACCAUCAACGCGUGUAGCUACUGCCGUAGCUUGUGGCCUCUCUGUUUCGAAUUGGAAACAUCUGAAUUUCUCCUAGAUCCAGCGCAAUUAUUCACUCUACGUGCGCUGGAGGAGGAUGUCAGUGAUGCUGUUUUCACCGUUAAUUAUUGCCGUAACAUGACGGAAGACUGUUCUAAAUUGAACACUACCCAAUACCUGAAAGAGUUUACACCUCAGGCUCGUUCUGUUCCAGUGGCAGAUCCUAUUCCAACUCAAAUUUCAUUUCCCGAAGAGCAAUCAUCUUCUGAGCUUGUAGACGAACUUUCUGAAUCACAGGAAUCCGAGGAGGGAAAUGAAGGGGAUUUGGGAGGAAUCCAACUUGUGAUUUAUUGUCGUCGCUUAUCGUCGAUUUGCUCCCAGUUAAUGUCUCUGUAAUAAAGUCGACAUAUGGAAGUAUUCCGAAGUAAUUCAACCUGGCAGAUUAUAGAAGGAAAAGGACCUACAUAAUACGAGACUAGUGACGUCAUCAACUAAGAGUGCAGCGUCAAGAUCAAACGCGAAUUACAUAUACCAGCUCAUUUUAAAUUAUGAUUCUUAUAUCAUUUAACUUAUUCAACCAAUUCUAUCCCGGCUAGUGUGAAAUAUAAUAAAGAGAUGUCAGCUCGCACCAACGAAGUAACCAAUAAAAAAUGUAUUUUCUCCUUUU